AUGCCUCAACUGGAUAAAUUCACUUAUUUUUCACAAUUCUUCUGGUUAUGCCUUUUCUUCUUUACUUUCUAUAUUUUCAUAUGCAAUGAUGGAGAUGGAGUACUUGGGAUCAGCAGAAUUCUAAAACUACGGAACCAACUGCUUUCACACUGGGGUAAGACCAUCCAGAGCAAGCUAAAGCUUGGUGGAAAAGAUCGUACAAGUAAGUUCGGGGUCUUAGCGUUCGCCACGCGCUAUUUCCUCAUGUUCGUGGUCCCAAAAAUGCGGCUAGCUAUAUAUCUAAUAUAUGGUUUGAAUUUUAUUUUUGGGAUUAAAUGGGGGUUGCUAGGAAAUGAGAUAUUUCAGUUCGGCGUCGGACCAGAUGGCGUCGCGCCCCCAGCUCUAGAUCUCAACGAGCGCCCGCCACUGCAUCUUUUGUACGCGGAUGUUGAGAGUUCCGACUCUCAACAAGCGCGGAAUGCUGAUAUGCUAGCGCAUAUUAGCCGAGUGCAAGAGAUAACCCGUGACCUAGAGGGUGAGCAUGAUAUCGCGCGGCGUCAAGCCCUCGUCGAUAUCAUGAAGUGGGAGGUCAGGAGCUUGGAUCACCACUUCCGGGUCUUUCGGUACCUAGACCGUCUGCGAGAUUCGAAGAGAGCCAAGGUGAACGAAAUACUCGAUCUAUUUCGAUGA